AUGUCAUUUUCUAUUAUUGGUUGGUUGGACAUUUGGAGGUUACUGGAUAUGGAUGGUGCGGUUCAAUGCGAGAUCAUAUACAAAGUGACGGUUGUUUGCCUUCUCAAUUCGAUUUGGAAAGCUCGGAAUAUGGUUAGAUUUAAUGAUACUUUAAUUUCUUUCUCAUCUUCGAUUUCUUCUAUUAUGGCUACUGUCUUUUCUGCUGGAAAUGCGGUGAGUAUUGACUCGUAUAUUGGUAUAGAGGACUUCGUGAUCCUCAAGAAUUUUAAGGUUAGUAUCCGGUCUCUAAGAGCCCCCAAUAAUCGGGAGGUGUUAUGGCAGCCCCUUCCUAGGGGUUGGUUUAAGCUAAAUUGUGACGGUGCUGCAACUUCCAUUUCUUCAGUUUGUGGGGGUCUUGCUAGAGAUGUUGAUGGUUGUUUUGUUGGCGCUUUGGCGUCUUUUUUAGAUACUUCUAAUUCUUUCAUUGCCGAACUCACGGGUGCUAUGCAAGCAAUUGAGUUAGCUCAUGAGAAGAAUUGA